AUGCCAAAAUGCGAAACACAUUUCGGGUUCAAGUUGCUGAUGGUGAUUGUUGCCGCUGUAAAUGCCACUGCCACUGCUUUUGGUGCUAUUGCUGCUGCUGGUGGUGCUGCUGAUGUUUUCGAACUUAUCAACACGCCGAUCACCUGCGACAGUUUCCGCUCUGCCUCAGAUACAUGUAGUCGCCCAUUGGGACAGGACCUAAUUGCCCCGCACCCAGUUACAUCCACAGCUCGAGUUCCAUUCCCAUUCCCACAACCACCGAACCAUCGAACCCUCAACUCAACCCAUCCAAACCCAAAACCCCCGCUCAAGGUGAGCGGUGUAAAAACUUCCUGUGCACUCAUUUAG